CCAAAAUUUAAGCGCCUCGACCGCCUUUGGGAUGCAUCAGAAGAGAAAUUUACGAUAAUGGAACCCGCAGCAGAGUGUGGAAAUCAUGAUGCUACCCAAACUGAAGAUUGCAUCUUCGUGAUUCGUCGAGAUUUCAAUUGCGACAAAACCCACAUUAAAACCACCGUAGAGAUCAAGGACAGCUUGCUCAAGGAAUGCAUCCAAAACGUCACGGGAAAUAUCUUUGGCGUCAAUUUUACCGAGGGUAAUCCUAUAUUUGAUCCAAAGAGUUUAUUUCUCUAUUUGGAUGAUUUCAUAAGUCAUCACGACUCAUUGGCGCAAGUCAGGCCCUACAACAAAAAUGAGCAGUGGCUAGAGAACCAGUGGAAUAUGAUUUCCGCCAAGAGAAGACUGAAAAUUCUCAUUGAAUACCUGGAAGAAGAGUUCGCAGAAGGCAAGAAGAAUCUCGAUUUGAUGCUAGGCAAAGGAGUCAUAACCUUUGACUUACUAUGGGCACUCUGGAAGCCCCAUACGCUGAUAUACUCGCCUACUUAUCGGUGCCAUGAUGUUCCUAGGGUGUCCAUGGUGAUUUGUGCAGAGAAGCUCAAGGGCAGACUUUCAACAAACCCAGAGUAUUCUGUGGAGGCCAGAUUUGUCGACUUUAACGGCAAAACGCUUGUCUAUAAGACAUUGAAGCAAGAAAUACAGCAUUUCAAUGGUACAGUCAACAUCACCAGCCUUCCGGUAUACCCACUUCAAUACCACAAGGACGAAGCCCGAAUUCGCCGUGUGCUAAUCGAACGCGGUGCCAAAUUUGUAUCGCUCCAAGGAAUACACCACAAAUCAUAUACGGGCAUCGCGUUCCCGCUAGUUGAAAGCAAGAAUCAAACAGUGACAAAACUACACGAGGAACAGAGCAGGAUAAUGGUAGAUCCCGUAGGCUUUCGAAAAGUAUAUCCUGAUUUUUAUGGCACAACGGACUUGCCGAUUCAGUAUACGAAUGACGAUGAAACCUUCAACAACGGUGUACAACCCCAGUGUCUCAUGGACAUGCUAUCUACUCAAAAGGCUGAAGAUGAUCAGCAAAAUCUGAGAAGCGAUGUGAAAAUCAGGGAGGGCUCACCACGCAGCUCAAAUACAUGGUCAAAGAGAGAGUAUAUGGAAAAGACAAAACUGGAGAUGGCAAAGGACAACCUUUUACUCUUAUGUUCCCCAGUUAUAGUGGGAUAUUCUCUUGCGAGCUUGGAAUGGCUGGAGUUUGAUGUGCGUUGUAUCGACGAUGUCAAAUGGGAUGAAGAAGCAUGGGAUUCUCUUGUGCUUGAUGAGAAGAUGAAGGUGCUGAUAAAGGCGUCCGUGGCGUCCCACAUUUCUAAUUCAGCAUUUGACGUCAAUAUUGGUGCCAUGGCGAAGAGUAGAGGGUUGACCAUCGUGUUGCAUGGCCCUCCAGGGACCGGAAAGACACUUACGGUGGCAGGGCUUAGCGAUCAUCUAAGGUGUCCGUUGUUGACGCUGCCAGCCAAAGAGCUGAUAGGAUGCUGUGCCAUUUCGGUCGAUUUCAUAUUAAAAAAGGUCUUGACAACCUGCCAGAGGUGGAAUGCCAUUGUAGUAUUUGACGACGCCCAAAUACUUUUAGAAAAAUACGACUGCCUCGGCAUCGAGCGGGAUUCUUUGAUGACCACUCUUUCACGGCGUCUGGAGUCUUUUCAAGGCAUCAUCUUCUUGACAUGCGAUACCAUUCGGGUAUUUGACGAGGCAUUUCAAUCGCGCAUCGACCUUUUCCAAAAGUACGAUAAACCAGACAGAAAAAGUAAAAGUAUUAUCCUCAAGCGAGCCAUCAGCCGAGUUACGGCGCUGAAUCUUUGCGAAAUAGAGACAUUCAGCGAUGAAGAGUACGGUAAGCUCGUAGAGAGCGAUCUCAGCGGCCGUGAGGUAGAGAAGGCAGUUGAGCUGGCCCUGAGUUUGGCAGAAGCGAGAAAGGAGCCGCUCGGGGUGCGGCAUUUGCAGGAUAUCAUGGAUAUACAAGAAAAGUUUAGGUGCGGUUUUGGAAAGAAGGAUUAUGGGAAUUACUUUUCCUGAUCUUUGAUCUUUGAUCCUUCCAGGGUAGAUGUGCGAGAAAGG